AUGCCAAAAAAGCAGAUGAGCACGAGGCUGAACGAAAAGAAGCUUCCAUCCGAUGGCCAGAAGCUGGUCCGACGUUGCGACGAUGAAUUCAAGUGGGGCCCGAUCCAACAACACCUGCUGGUAAAGCUUGGUACAUGGUAUGCUACCAAAGGCCUCGCUAAGUUAUUCGCCGAGCAUGAUCCCGAUGUCAUCGUCAACGCAACGUGUCUAAGUCUCUACAAGACAAAUAUGUCGCGUGACGUUUCACGUGUCUUGAAGAUCAUGACCAUUCAGAACUACUUCCUCGCACGCACGGCCGAGAUGGGUUCCUGGACCCUCGUGAGCGCUACAGGGCUCGGUCCCGAAAGCCACGGGAAGUUCUGGACAAAUGACAAAUAUCAAGCGUAA